AAGUUUUUUCCAGAUGAGGGGAAUCCCCUAGAGUUGCUCAAUCUCACACCGGCAGUAAAAAAUGAAGCCUGUGUAUUUCCUAAGCGUGGUUUUGUGGUGUAUGCUGACUGUCUGUGUAGCUAAACACAGUGAGCAAUGGCCCGCACAAAAACAUCUGAAUAAAGGCGACAUGUUCCAGUACAAAGAUUGUAAGAGUGUUGGAAAGGCAGGGUACAAUGAAAGUGGUGUUUACAUGGUAUGGUACAACUCUACCACUCCAUAUAAGGUAGUGUGUCAGCACACAUCAGAUGGCUUCUACACUGUCAUACAACAACGAGUGAAUGGAUUGGAGAACUUCAACAGACCAUGGGACGAUUAUGUAAGGGGAUUUGGGCAUACCCAAGGUGACUUCUGGGCAGGACUCAAUCAGAUCUACUACCUUACCAACACAGGGCAAACCCAUCUGACGGUUCACAUGCAAGACUUCCCUGGGAAUAUAAGACAGAUAAAUUACCUGAACUUCAAGGUGGAAGGGCCACAACAAUGGUACCGCCUUUCUAUCAGUAAUGCAUAUGGAGAUGUACCUGACGACCUUGGAUAUAACAAUGGCUGUUUUUUCUAUACGUAUGAUAGACCAGACCCCUAUGGCUGUGCCCACCAAAUGACAGCAGGUUGGUGGUACAAUUAUUGUACAUACGCCCUGCCCAAUGGACAAUACUAUCAUUACGGGCCUUACACUCCCACCACCGGGAUGUACAACGGCAUUUUCUGGAAGGACUGGCUUGGGUUUGGAUACUCUUUGAAAUACAUUAGUUUGGUCUUGUCUCAUCCAUAGAGAUCAAACAACAUUGUUAUCUCCCUUUAGUGACAUAAUGUCACAACAAUUUACAUUUAGUGAUAUAGUGUGACAUCAAUAGUUAUCUCCCUUUUAUGAUAUGGUGUAACACCAAUAGUUAUCCCCAAUAGUUAUCCCCCUUUAGUGAUAUUGUGUCACUUCAAUAGUAAUCUCCCUUUAGAGAUAUUGUGUCACUUCAAUAGUUAUCUCCCUUUAAUGAUAUGGUGUCACACCAAUAGUUAUCCCCCUUUAGUGAUAUUGUGUGACAUCAAUAGUUAUCUCCCUUCAGUGACAUUGUUUCAAACCAAUAGUUAUCUCCCUUUAGUGAGAUUGUGUCACAUCAUUAGUUAUCUCCCGUUUUUUGUAUUACAGCAUAAAAAAUAUAUAUAAAGGACUAGUAAGCUUGCUUAUAUGAACUCUAAUGUCAUAUCAACAGUCAUCUUAGUUGGGUUUUUUUUAAACAGUCUCACAUCAGUAGUAAUGUCCCAUUUUUGUAACACAUUCCCACCUCAAUUAUUAUCAGCAAUCUCCGUUUAAUUUUGCUUUUUGUUUCUAAUUGGUUUUUUGUUUAUUUUUCUGUUUUUCUUAUACAGCGUCUUUUCAAUAGUUAUGACAAUUUAUUUAUAUGUAUCACAUGGACAAUAAUCUCACUUUUUAUCAUGUACAAAUAUCUUUAUUGUUUCCCAAUAAGUUGGUAACCUUCCUUCAAAUAGCAUAUACUGUGCGUUCCUACCAGUUGUACCGGUACAAAUCUGUUGUACUUGUAAUGGAAUCUGGAAUACCAGCAGAACUGAACCGGUUCAAGUUGUUCGCUUCAUGAAACGUAUCACUUGGAUCCAACAUGGUGAACAUGUGAUGCUUAUGAACUCACAUGAGAUUCUGUUGUGUUUCAUUAUAUGGUAUUAUACCUAUUUGGUACAACUGGUACAAACACUAUAAAAUAGCACACUGUCUAUCGUUUCCAUUGAUCAAUCACAACCAAUCCACUUUUGUUUACCGUAUUAAAAGCUGAUGUUUAUACAUUAAUGAA